AUACUGAGAAGUUCAGCAGCAUGGUCUGCUGGCAUCGAGAUACCGGAAUACUCAAUACACACGGCUUAUACUGACCUUAUUGUCAGUGCCCAGCAUUAUAUCUAUAUAGAGAACCAGUUCUUCAUCAGCAUAGCAGACGACAGAACAGUUGUCAAUCAGAUAUCAGCUGCUAUCUAUGAAAAAAUUUUGGCUGCCCAUAGAGCACAAAAAAAAUUUAAAGUUUACGUCGUCUUGCCUCUGCUACCAGCUUUCGAAGGACAACUUGGCACGCCAACUGGCAGCUCCAUUCAGGCCAUCAUACAUUGGAAUUAUGCCUCCAUAUGUAGGGGUAAUGGAAACUCUCUGCUGGAAAGAUUGGUGAAAGUUGUGCCUGACCCCUUCCAGUACAUCUCCUUCUAUGGUUUGAGGAAACACGAAGAGAUGCUCGGGAAAAUUACUACCGAAUUGGUAUACGUUCACAGUAAAUUAAUGAUUGUGGAUGAUCGCAGCGUCAUCAUUGGUUCAGCCAACAUCAACGAUCGCAGCUUAUUGGGUACAAGGGACAGCGAAUUAGCCAUCUUAGUUCAAGACCCACGAUUUGUUGACUCGAAGAUGGAUGGACAGCCGUUCAAGGCUGGUGCCUUUGCCUGCAGUUUGAGAAAGUCGCUUUUCAGGUUUCAGAUUCAUUCAUUCACUCAUUCAACCACUCAUUCAUUCAUUCACUCAUUCAUUCACUCAUUCAUUCAUUCACUCAUUCGUUCAUUCACUCAUUCAUUCCCUCAGAGAACACUUGGGAUUGCAGGCGGGUGA